AUGCCAUCUGUGCAAGCCUUAGAGCAGGGUGCUGCUGCCCGAUGGGCAACCCCGCUUGUCAGCUUAAAGAUGCGGCCGCUCUUCUCGAGGCGGACAUUGAUUGCAGGCGCAUCGCUUUUUGUUUUAUCUUUAUUGUUUCAUCAGACAUACUACCUACGCGGGACCGAGCCCUUAAUAUCAUCCGAAGUCGAACUUUUGCCCAACCAUCACGAAAAGCAGCCACAGCAGCAGCACGACAAACAGCAGGCCAUCACUGGUAGCGGCCAAAAUUACGAGGCACGAGGCCUGUUCAAAGCGGUGUGGGUGGAGGGAUACGAUAACACCGCAAUACCAGGAGGAGAAUACGUUGGCCAGAACCUAUCAUGUUCAACUCUUGCACACUCGUCCGAGAUAGGGGUGCAAGAAUCCUUUUUCCUCCAUGACAACUUUGUCGAGAUCGCCGCGGAGCUGGAUGCACACCCAAUGAUCGACUAUGCGCCCACCAUGAACAGGAUUAAAGAGGGCACCUUUUCCCUGAACGAGAUACUGGCGGCCUCCUGGGACCGCCUGGCCACCGCGUGUGUGUGGAUGCCUGACCACGGCGUUCAUCUGUGCGUGUCAAGGAUCAUCUUCCACCCUGGCGGCCAAAAGGAUCGAUGUCGGAUCAGUUUCUUGCGAGGACAGAUAUACAGCGAAAACUGGAUGCACCUCGAUCGAUACACGCUGAAAUGGAAAGGGCGGGAGAUUCAGUUCCCCAAAGUGUUUGAUACGCCUACUGAGUACAAGAUUGGUGGAUUGCUGUUCGGGCCCGAGGAUGCGCGAAUCAUCAUCGAAGAAGGGGUCGAGGAUGCCGAACCGGUCAUUGUAUUCAACAUGAUCACGAGCCGCUCCAACUGGAAGCGCGCCAUGUGGAUCUUCCGGCCAUUCUCUGAACAGUCCAACAUUCUCACCGUACGGGGCACGGAGCGACCGAAGAAAGAAAAGAACUGGGCGCCCUUCUUUGUGCGGGAGCUUGAACAGGACGACCCGGAGUCCAACACGACGACCUCGGCCGGCCAACCGAGCAAGCACAUACAUUUCAUCUGGCGUUUCGAGCCACUGACUGUUCUGAAAUGUCGGCUUUCGACGGGAAUGUGCGACGUGGUGUUUGAGCAGAAAGUUCUGCCGGCGCUGUCGAGUCAGCAUGACGACCAUGACGGCAGUCUUCGAGGGGGCACACAGCUGAUUCCGAUCCCGUUGUCAAACAAGGAGAAGCUGGAGUCGCCUUUCGGGUCGCCCAAUGUCCAAGCAUUCGUGUCAUUUCCCCGAACCCAUGUCGAGAAGGCAGGUGGCUGUAGACAGGCAGUCUACCGACCAGAACUGACAGUGCUGGUCACCAAUACGACGCAUUUCUACCUGACAUACGCCUCGCAGGCGUUGGAUUUCGGGGAAGGAGUGGUCAUGGACGCCGAUGCUCUGGCCGACCCUUGCGGCAAAGGCCGAAUCAUGAUCACCAACAGCAUUGCUCGAUGGGAUCUCGACGGACGGGACGCCAAUGGCAAGCAGAUGGACGUCAUGACCCUGACAUUGUCGGUCGACGACGCCACGGUCCAGGUCAUGAUGGUGGCUGGAGUGUGGAAUCUUCUCCGCGGUUUGCCGUCACUGGCUAGUUACUUUGGACAGCAAAAGGUCGAAAGUACCACCGAGGGGUUCCCGACUUUUGCCAAUGAUGCCGCGCAAAACGAAUACUCGGCGCUUCUUGAGCCGUUUGACCGCUACGAGCGAGCCAACGCCGUGGGAUGGGACGUCCGGGCUUGUCUGGAGGAGUCGGCGAUAAGCUACGUCAAUUCCCAUGUAGACAAGGUCAAGCAGGCCGAAGAAAAGAAGAAGGCCGCGGAGAAGGCCAAAGCAGACGAGAAACAAGCCGAGGAGAAAGCCAAGGCGGACGAAGAGAAGAAGAAGAAGGACGAGGCCGCAAAAAAGGCCAAGGAGGAGGAAGCGAAGAAAAAGGAGGCCGAAGCCAAAAAGUUGCAGGAACAAAAGGCCCUCGAGGAAGAAGAAAAGAAUAAGAAAGCCAAGGAGGCGCAACAGCAGGAAAAGACUGCGUCGGAACAAGCCAAAGACACCGGCAGUAAAUCCGUCGACAACAAAAACAACAAGAAGCCUCAAGACGCGAAGGAACAACCAAAGGACAUCAAAGACUCGGACACCAAACCCGCCGCCGACAGCAAGGACGACAGCAAAAAAGUCCAGGAUUUCCCCACGACUUCCGAGGCCAAGAACCAGCCAAAGACUUCAACCCCAGCAGCUCGCUGA